CCCAUACUUGGGUUGUUUAUCUGCUGUAAACUCCUGUCCUGUUCGCGUGUAUGUGGGUCAAACAUUAUACAGGGCUAUAUGUUAAAUUUGAUACCAUUCAGUGCAUUCAAAUUAAUGUCAAUUCGCAAUGGGAAAUGAAGCAUCGACAUUACGGCUUCUCCAUAAUUUGGCGGAGCUUGAACAGGAGCUUGAACGAGACCAAGUUUCUAAGUCCAACCAACCACUAAAGGUGCAACAUGGCUGGGAUUCCAAGGACUGCUCCAAUAAUAUGACGGUGCUAGAUGACGGUUUGAAGGUGCGUAGAAAUAAAUCUUUACAGCCUAGGACGGAUGCCGUUAGGGGCAAGAGAGGCUAUGGUCAAGGGAUACAUUUCUGGAAGAUUCACUGGCCCCAGUCGAUGAGAGGCAGCAAUGCUGUUAUUGGUGUAGCUACAUAUCAGGCCCCUCUGACUUGUAUUGGUUAUUCGUCUUUGGUUGGUUCGAAUGAUCAGUCCAUGGGAUGGGAUAUUGUCCGCAAUGUUCUUCUCUUCAAUGACUGCGUCAUCAGAAAGUACCCGGAUGAUGCACCUGGUGAAUUUGUUGCUCCUGAUGUCAUCACUGUAAUUCUCAAUAUGGACUCGGGGACUCUUGGCUUUAAGAGUGAUGGACAAAAUUAUGGAGUGGCACUGAGAGGUCUUCGCUUACAGGGUAAAAAACUUUACCCUGCCAUAAGCGCAACUUAUGGCAACUGUGAAGUGGGUAUCGAGUAUAUCAGAAGUAUAUCAGACGCAGCACCUGCGCCCGACCUCCCGUCUCCUUCAAGGCCCACUGAAAGAACCACUGCAAGAGAGCAGGGAAGACCACAGGCAAAACCAUGUCCUCCGGCCCAGCCUCUGAAAUUCAAAAAGCAAUGUGGGAAAAAUAUCGAAUUGUCAAAUGACAGCAUUCAAGCGGAGAGAUCAAAUUUUAUGUCUGAAUCAGACAAAGCAGUUGUUUUGACUUCGAGAAGUCUACAACCAAAUGAAAAGUUUGAAAUAUGUGUAAAGAGAACUCUUGGUCAAUGGGCAGAGGGUCUAGCGAUCGGAGUUGUGGCUCUGGAAGCAGGAUUCGAGAUUCCGAGAAGUCUCCCUGGACAAGCCGCAGAUAUAGCGUGGGUCUGGAAAGGCACGGAUGUUUUGCAUGACCGAAAAACGGAACGGAAAUUGGAUUUUAACCUUAAUUCCGCAAAAAUUGGCGACACAUUUGGUGUCUCGAGAAAGGAAGAUGGUACAUUGCAUUUCUUCUACAACGGUCGAGAUAUGGGAAUGGCAGCCACAAAUAUUCCUCAGAAAAUACACGGAAUUGUCGAUGUCCAUGGAAGUACUAUACACGUAGAAUUAGUGGAACAACUUCGAGAGGAAACCACAGAGCCAACAGGUGCCGCUUUCACGCGCAUGUCUAGAGAAGAUCGUGCUUUUGAAAAAAUGAAACAAACGAUCGACUUCUUAAAGAAGAAAGACGAACGCACUAUUCGAUCAGCUGGGCUUAUGGUCUACCAAAAUUUGUGCAUGUUGUACGCCGAUCAUAAGGACCGAAAGCUGAGGCAGUUAAUGGGUGAUAAACUGGUCCAGUUGAACGGCGCCUUCCAUAUUACAGAAUAUCUGAAAUUUCUCCGUGAUUGCGGGAUUGAAAACGACAAAAUCUAUACGUGUUAUGAGCUGCUUCGUAGUGUUUGUUGGAAUUAUAGCGAUGGCAGUCUGAAGUUUGCCAGGUCCAUCGGACAGACGGAUCUCCUUGGAAUUCUGUCUGCAGAGCUUGCCAAGUAUCAGACUAGAUAUAUGAGUGACGAGGGGAAAAAAGGUAUUGUAAAGUCAGCAUUUGGAAUUCUUCACAACUGCGCAAAAGUCGCAGACAACCGAGAGGUGUAUGACCGCCUUGGUGUAAUCAACAUCGUUGUUCCGUAUACGAAGCCAGGGAAUGACAAAACAAUCGCAAUGUCAGCCUUAAUGACCUUGUCCUACCUGGUCACUAUUGACCAACAACACCUGAUCCAAGCUGAGCCAUCAGCAAUUGCAGACAUUCUGAAGAAACUCGACGAAGCACUGAAAAACCCAGCAACUCAUCAGUCGGACGGUUACCAUGCCUACGAAAUUGUGGAAUCGCUUAUAAACCUAUCGAAAAGUGCACAAAAUCGGGUGACGACAGUACAGAAAGGAGGCAUUCCCCUGUUUGUAAAAAUGAUGAAAGUCGGUAAUCCACAAGAACAGGAACUCACCCUGAACGCCGUGUGGGAACUUAUUAACGGAGGUGACAGGACGCUGUCAACUAUCUCUAGAACAGCAGGGCUAUUAGAUGCAGUGAAGGCUUUAAAGAGCAGCAAAGUAGAAACUGUUCGUCAAGCCGCUGAGAGGAUUUCAUUGAAGCUUGAUACACAGACUCAAAUGUUUUCCCAGAGUUUUGAUCCUACACCCAAACCAAAGUGCACUUACAAAGAUAUCUGCAACAAAUUUGUUGCGACACUCAACAUACAUGAGACAUAUUUUGAUGCUAAGUAUCAUCACUGCUUCUGCAACGUGUGUCAUAAUGACAGAGGAGAUAAACUGUAUUAUGCUCGCGGAAAUCCACCAAAGGACUACGGUAUUCCAAUUGGAUGGUACAGGUAUGCACUUUGCCUUCCACCUAAAGCAAAAGCUAUGAACGUAUUGGACAAAUGGCACAGGGCAUUCCAUGGCACUAAGAAAGAUGUGGUUAGCAAGAUACUUGAAGUCGGGGAACUGCUCAUUCCAGGAGACGUAGCGUUGGGCGGCGACAAAAUAAGCGAGAGGGAAGGCCAUUUCAAAGACGACUAUAAGCCUGAAGGGUUCGACACCAAGAAAAUAUUUGUAUCUCCUAGUAUCCGUUAUGCUGGCCAUGACGCUUAUGCCAUGCCACACAAGUAUGUAUCCGUGUGUUGUAUCCGUGUGGUGUAUCCGUGUGGUUUUUAUGAAAAGUAA